AUGCCCCCUGCAGCAUCCACCAACUUGGGCUACAUCCCACCAGAUGGAGGCUGGGGUUGGGCCAUAGUCCUCGGUUCUUUCAUCUCCAUAGGCUUCUCCUAUGCCUUCCCCAAGUCCCUAACCAUCUACUUUAAGGAGAUUCAGGAGUAUUUUUCCGUUACCUACAGUGAAAUCGCCUGGGUGUCUUCUAUUAUGCUUGCUGCUAUGUAUGCAGGAGGACCUGUGAGCAGUAUACUUGUCAACCGCUAUGGCAGCAGACCGGUGGUCAUGGUCGGUGGGCUUAUGGUUGGGGCCGCCAUGGUAACCGCUUCUUUUGGCAAUACUAUCAUACAUUUGUAUCUUUGUGUUGGAGUCAUUGGAGGUUUUGGCCUUGCUUUCAAUCUACAACCUUCCCUAACAGUCAUAGGUACCUACUUCCAAGUCAAAAGGCCGAUGGCAAACGGGAUCGCCAUGGCAGGCAGUCCAGUUUUCCUUUCUACUUUGGCUCCACUGAAUCAGUUUCUGUUUGACUCUUUUGGGUGGAGGGGGAGCUUCCUCAUCCUGGGAGGUGUUGUUCUGCACUGCUGCGUUGCUGGCGCUCUGAUGAGACCGGUUAACAAGAAAGUCAAACCCAAACCGACAACUGAACCGCAGGCCCCAAAGUCAUACAGAGCAGCUGCUUCUGAAGAAGUCACCAACACCCAGUCAGCAGGCCUUCUGAAUGAAAAAGCAGACAUCCAGCGUACCAAACAUGGUUGUUGUGACAAGUUGAUAGAUCUCUCACUUUUCAAACACAGAGGCUUCCUCAUCUACCUUGCUGGUAACAUAGUCAUGUUUUUUGGCUUCUUCGCCCCAGUGGUGUUCCUGGCGCCAUAUGCCAGACAUCAAGGUAUUGAUGAAUACUCGGCGGCAUUCCUGCUCUCUAUCUUUGCCUUGGUGGACAUGGUCAUCAGACCAAUAACAGGCCUUGUAGCCAACACCAAGCUGAUUAGGCCCAGGAUCCAGUACUUUUUCAGCCUGUCGGUUGCAUACAAUGGUGUAUGUUCCAUUUUAUGCCCGCUGCUACCAGGAUAUUAUGGUCUGGUGGUUUAUGCCAUCCUCUUUGGUCUGGCAUUUGGCAUGGUGUCCGCCCUGCUCUUUGAAGUUCUCAUGGAUCUAGUUGGAGUUCACCGAUUCUCCAGUGCAGUUGGACUGGUCACCAUUAUCGAGUGUGGUCCUGUGCUUCUUGGUCCGCCAAUAUCUGGUGUACUGGUCGAUAUUUUCCAGGACUACAAAUACAUGUACUAUACAUGUGGUGUGAUGAUGCUGGUGCCUGGUAUUUUCCUCUUCAUUGCUAAUUACUACAAUUACAAGAAACUGGACGAGGAGGAAAGAGAGAGACAGAGUUCGGUGAUGGAGAUGAGGACUCCAUCUCCCUCUGUAAUGGAAGAGGGAGAGGUGGAACGAGUCAAAGUAAAGGAGGAUGAUAAUGUAGUAACAGACACAGAUGGAUGAACUGGCUGACUCGUUUUCAUUUUCAAGAACAUAUGGGGGACACGAUGUCUAUCUGCCCGGGCCCGCAGUGUGAGUGCUGUUACAAUGGCCAUGGUUGAUUACAAAAUGACUCGCUACUUUGGACUUGUUUAGAUACAUUUUAUGGCACAUAUCGGUGUAUAAGCAUUUGUUAUUUUUAUUGGAUCUUACAUAAGCAGUAUUUGUUACACAUCGUGGCACUUGUCGAUGGCGUUGUGUUCAUAAAUUGUCCAAAAUUGUCCUUGUGUCAUUCAGUGGAAGUUUUAGAGUUACCGCGGUAAUUUUUUGAAAAUGGGUGAAUAUGGGUCAAUUAUUUCUGUUUAGAGUGGUCGUCGUGCGGCAAAGUGCACAGGAAGUGUGCAGAGUGCAAAUUACCUCUUUACCACUAGGUGGCACUGAACACCAUCAUGAU